AUGGAUGUGAAAGGAUACAAAUUGUUACCGACUCAUAUUGGUCGUUUAACAAAGAGUAUAUUCGAUGAAUAUUCAAUAUAUAUAUUUAAUAUUCCAUCAAAUAUAAUUGAUAAGUAUCUUCCAAAUAAACUUGAUGCUUUUGCUUCAUUAACAUUGAUCAAUUUGGCUAAACAUUAUUUUUUUUAUUCAAAACCAGUUAUAUUUGCUUCUCGAUCACAAAUAAAUAAAAAUGUUCAAUCAAUAUCAAAUACAAUAUCACUUGAAGAUUUUCUAGAAGAAUUAUUAUCAAAAAAAGAUUUGGAAUUACGUUAUAAUUUUGUAAUAACUGGGAAUUUAUUAGUAUUUGCUCAGAUACCUCGUGUUCGUCAUAUAUCAUAUCAUCUUCUUUGUAAACAUAUAACUCUAUCGAAUCGAUCAACAAAUGUUAAAUUUGCUGGAGAAUUUUGGAUUGAUCAACAUGAUUAUUUUAAAUUAAAUAAUAAUUCAGGUACAUAUCAACCAUCGGAUACAUUAAUUGAACAAGUUGUGCAAUUUUUUAAUUAUAUAUUACCUCAUUUUCAAUUUCAAGGUAGAAGUUUUCGUAUAAGUGCUCGACCUUCCACUACACAUCGAGUUAUCAUUAAAACCAAACAAAAAUUACAUAUAAAAACAUAG